GGGUUCGGGAAACAAAGAAGAAAAAUAGAGGGAGUGUGAAGGAAGAGAAAAGUGGAGCGGGCGGGCGGCCUGUGCUGUGCCUGGGGAUCCCGCGGGCCGGUGCGGGCGGGCACAUUGAUGAGGUGAUCGGGAGAAGCCGCUCUGACAUCACCAUGCCGAGCGGAGGGGUGAGCGCGGCCUCCUGGAGCCCCGAGCUGGAGGAGAUCCGGGUGAGGCUGGCGGCGAUGGGCCCGGAGGAGGAGGAGGACGACAUGCCGGGAGAGGACGGGGUACCGGCAUCAGUGCGCCGGAAGAGCGUCAACACCAACGAGCUGGUCCCGGUACCGAGCUCCGAGCAUGUGGCCGAGAUCGUGGGCCGGCAGGGAUGCAAGAUCAAGGCGCUGAGGGCGAAGACUAACACCUACAUAAAGACCCCAGUCCGUGGCGAAGAACCGGUAUUUGUCGUUACUGGAAGGAAAGAAGAUGUAGCGAUGGCAAAAAGGGAAAUCUUGUCGGCUGCGGAACACUUUUCCAUGAUUCGAGCAUCUCGCAACAAAAACGGCCCUACAGCUGCUACCGUUCAGUGCACUCCCAACCUUCCAGGUCAAACCACGGUACAAGUCCGAGUACCUUACCGAGUGGUUGGCCUUGUUGUCGGGCCAAAGGGAGCUACCAUAAAACGUAUACAGCAGCAAACCCACACCUACAUCGUCACUCCAAGUCGUGACAAAGAACCAGUGUUUGAAGUCACAGGAAUGCCAGAAAAUGUCGACCGAGCCCGGGAAGAGAUUGAAAUGCACAUAGCCAUGCGCACUGGCAACUACAUCGAGGUCAACGAAGAGAACGAUUUUCACUAUAACGGUACAGAUGUCAGCUUUGAAGGAAACUGCUUAACUGCAACCUGGUUGCAUGCGCAUCCAUCCGCCGCGGCCCGUAACAAAAUGAUUUCUAACUACCGAAAUGAUAGCUCAAGUUCCUUGGGAAGCGGCUCAACCGAUUCCUUUUUGGGAAGCAACCGGCUGGCUGACUUUAGCCCAACCAGUCCCUUUGGCGCAAACAAUUUUUGGUUCGGUGAAGCCAUGCCCCCGGUUGGCUCAGAAGAACUAGCCGACGCCUCUGCCUUUGAUCCUAUACCAUCUCCGUCUGAGCCGCUAUGGGCGACUUUUGAGCAGGGAAAUACACUCUCCGGGUACGGAAAUGAAGUCACGGCAAAAUCUCAGCGCAGGGGCAGCAUGUCCCCUACCUUCCUCGAAGGUCUGGAAUACCCAGCGGGCAGAAGCGUUAGAAGUGACCUUUCAAGCACAAACAAGGCAGGGCUUCCCAUUUACAUCCCUGCAUUCUCCAACAGCACCAACAGCUACUCCUCUUCCAGCGGCGGCUCCACCUCCAGUUCCCCACCGGAGACGAGGCGCAAACACGACUGCGUCAUCUGCUUCGACAACGAGGUCAUAGCCGCCCUUGUUCCUUGUGGCCACAACUUCUUCUGCAUGGGGUGCGCCAACAAGAUCUGCCAGAAAGAGAUGCCACUCUGCCCGGUUUGCCAGAUGCCAGUCAACCAGGCCAUACAAAUACAUUCUUAAACAAUUUUUGUUGUUUUUAUUUGUUUUUCCAACAAGCACUCUACAGCAGUCUUCCUCCUAAUAUAUCUUCGCAUAUAUAAAGGCCAGUCUGGCUAUAUAAAAAAAUAAAUAAACUUUGCUGCUACCAACUAAUGUAAAAAGAUUCUGCAUGCCCUUUCUGACUUUAGCCGAUUUUCAGUCAGUUGGCAUAGAUUCUUCCUGAUGUUGGUAUAUACAAUGUAUGAUGAAUUUGAAUUUUUACAGGUAGUUUAACGUGAAAACGAAAAAUUAUGUUUACAUAGGUUGAAAUUCAAUCACAUUUUUUGUUUUCUAGAAUUCUUUUCACUACCCCUUUUUUUUCUUUUUUAUUUCUUUUUUUUUUUUUUAUUUCUUUUUUUCCUAUUUACCCAAAACAAGAAAAAUAUACAUUUCAGUUAUAUUGAUAACCAGUUUUGGGAGGGGGUCAAAAAAAAACAACCCUGCAGUAUUGGCAGACAGGGUGGAUUUUGUUGUAUAUCACUGUUCAGAAUAUGAAACACUACCACAAAAUCUAUUCUAUUUUCAGGUUGUAACUGUCCAUAUGUCAGCCUGCAUUUUUUUUUUUUUUUUUUUUGAAGACUCAGAUUUUUUCAUUUAUUUAAAGAAAAACAAAGCUUUACAAUGCACAAACUGGCUAAUUGGGAAUAUUUUGUAUUCCUAUUUAGUCCGAUCAAGUUAUUAAUAUAUUAUUUUAGGAAAAUAUAUUGUAAAUGUGAAUACUUUUUAAUUGAGCCAGCCAUGACUUGAACUUUUAGUUAACUAAGGGAAAGGCUCAGAAAGGUCUACAUUUUACCAAAAUUUGAGAGGGGUGGAUGAUGACACUCGUAAUUUUAAAGUAUCGUCGUGUAUUUUAGAUCUCACGCAGGUAGGGAGGGGGGUAUAGUUUUUAAUUAUAUCCUUCCCUUUUGUGUUUUUUUUUUUUUUUUUUCUCUUUUUGCAUUUCAAAUCUUCAACCUGUGGAUUUAUUUAGUUAAGUCUUUCCAGUCUGGUUUUUAAAAACACAUCAAAUAUGCAGGAAAAAAAAACCUAAAGGAAUUUUCUAAUAUUUUUGAAACCUUUUCUCAGAGUUCUAAAACAAAACACUUUUUUUUUUUU